AUGGGUAAUUUCCUCAAGUACUUCGUCCUCUUCUUCUGCACCUUCCUCUUCUUCUUCACCAUCCCAAUUUCUUCUUCAUCACCCAACGAUCAAACCCAUUCCUCCUACUCCUCCGCCGCCACCAUCGCCCAAUAUCAAGUGUUCCAAGUCAGGAACACGGCGCCGUUCCUCCUCGACCGCCAACAACGCCGGCUGACCAAGAACCACAAGGAACGGGCCGGAAGCAGAAACAAGAAUCCGACCAAGAAGUCCAAGAACAGCGGGCCUUUCUCCGUCAUGCUUCCCAAGGGCUUCGUCCCUCCUUCUGGCUCGUCGCCUUGCCACAACGGAAACCCCAACGACGUCGUUGUCUUCUGCGACCUGGCAAAACCCUAG